AUGGACUUGACCUCGAGAGACUUGGAAAAAGGCGAGCUCAACCGCAGAGCAAGCCAAAGUGUCGAUAGCAGCCCAACCCUAUCACAAUAUCACUCGGAAACCUCAGCAUCAUUUGCCUCUUCCCAAGAAGCAAUGGAAUAUAUGUCUCGAGUCCAGACGGCGGUAUCCCAGCGGGGGUCUAUACUGGAACGCCACCCAACUGCACUCAGUCGAAUUGCAACCCAGCGCAGUCAACAUAAUGCAACUGUGGGCGCUGGCUUGAACACGCACGUAUCUCACCAACCUUUACCAGAAUUCGGUGCCGGCAAGCCCUACCCUCCUCCCUUACCCGAAAAAGAAGAAUAUGUGGUGGAGUUCGCAGGACCAGAAGACCCAUUGCAUCCUCAGAAUUGGCCCAUGAGAAGGAAGAUUGCAAUUGCAGUGAUGCUUGCGUAUACAACAUUCAAUGCUACGUUCACCAGCAGCAUAUACUCCCCCGCAAUCUCUGUCAUAUCUCCAGAGUUUCAUGUAUCUACUGAGGUUGGAACUCUGGGCCUGUCCCUAUACGUGCUGGGUUUUGCGGUUGGGCCCUGUCUUUGGGCUCCCUUUUCCGAAUUGCGUGGCCGACGCCUGCCAAUUCUUAUAUCAAUGUUCGGUUUCACCAUCUUCGAGUUUGCCGUAGCAACUGCAAAGGAUCUCCAGACCAUAAUGAUAUGCCGCUUCUUUGGAGGCUUCUUUGGGGCAUGCCCAGUUGCCGUUGUUGCCGCGGUCUUCUCCGAUAUGUUCAACAACCGCAUUCGUGGCCUUGCCAUCACCGUCUUUGCCAUGACCGUGUUCACCGGCCCGCUUUUCGCAUCGACUGUCGGCGGCUUCAUCGUGCAAAGCUCUCUAGGAUGGCGCUGGACCGAAUAUCUUACUGGAAUCAUGGGUGCUUCAGCAUUGGUGGCGAACAUUUUCUUCCUGCACGAGACAUACCCACCUGUGGUUCUCAUCCAAAAGGCUGCAGAACUUCGCCGUUGCACCAAGAACUGGGGAAUUCAUGCUAAGCAGGAAGAGAUUGAGGUAGACAUGCGAGAACUGCUUUCAAAGAAUUUCAGCCGGCCAUUUAAGAUCCUCUUUACCGAACCAAUCGUGCUAUCUCUCAGCAUCUACAUGGCAUUCCUCUACGGCCUGCUGUAUUUAUUCUUGACGGCCUAUCCUAUUGUGUUCCAGAAGAUCCAUGGCUUCGAAAAAGGUGUGAGCGGUCUCCCUUACCUGGGUCUGGUCAUCGGUGAAUUCAUCGGGGGAACGUGCAUCAUCCUCACCCAACCCUGGUACAACAAGAAGUUGGAUGCAAACAACGGUAUUCCCAUCCCUGAGUGGCGCCUGCCGCCAGCGAUUGUUGGCAGUGUGGCUUUUGCAGGCGGCUUAUUCUGGUUCGGUUGGUCCGGUUUCACUGCCGAUGUCCACUGGAUUGUGCCGACUCUUUCUGGUGUUUUGAUUGGAUUCGGUCUGCUUUGCAUCUUCAUGCAAGCUUUUAACUACAUCAUUGAUUCUUAUCUUCUAUUUGCUGCUUCUGCUCUGGCAGCCAACAGUAUACUCCGUUCCUUGGCUGGUGCCGGGUUCCCUCUUUUCGCCACCUACAUGUUUGAUACUCUAGGUGUCAACUGGGCAAGCACAUUGCUUGGAUGCGUGGCGGCUUUAUUGACCCCCCUACCCAUCCUCUUCUACCUCUAUGGUCCCAAACUUCGUGCCAGAAGCAACUUCGCUACAGAUUACAUGAUGACGGCACAAGCCCACACUCUUGAUGAACCAAUCGAGUAG